AUGUACAAACCCGACUACACUUCAAAUCGUCAGUGCUCGGAUCCGUGCGUGUGUUCGUCGUUGGGAACUCCGCGGCGGCCGCCGGUCCGCCAGCCAGUGGACGGUCGCGAAGAACGGGACGAACGCCCGUGGCCACGGCCGUUGUCGUUGUACGGGCUGGCCGAGAAUGUACACUGGUCGCGGCGCCUGCGCAUGGACAUUCGCUGUGAGAACCCACUGGCUGCAACGUGGUACCGACCGCACGACCCGUCACCGGACCACUACUGCCGCGAGGAUGCAGACGCGGAGUGGCUGGAACGGAAACCGGUGUCGUUCAUGGUGUUCGGAAGACCGGGCGUGGACGAUCAUCGGUUGGCCAUCGCUCUGUCCGCAUACUGGGGAUGCGUCCACGUGUCUGUGGCCAACGGACUGGCCGCCGGCCGCGCGGACGCCCGGACGAUGGCGGCGUUGCGUCGCGGCCAGGCUGUCAACGCCGCGGCGACAGCGGCCCAGCUGACCGCGGUGCUGGGCAUCGACACCCCCCAUGUACGCGAAAGGGGUUACGUGCUGACCGGAUUGCCUAGGUAUAAUCCUGAAAUGAGUGCAUUCACGCAAAUGAACACAGUGUUCACUACGAACGCACCGGACGUGUUGAUCUACAUAAGCAGCCCGGAACACGAUCCGUGUAAUUAUCACAGUGGACUCGUGCUGGAAUCCAUUGGAUACGAUUAUUCGACGGGAACGCUUCACGCCGACGAGGAAAGAAUGCAGGGCGAUCAUAGCUACAGCAGUAUACGUCUUCGACACAAGUUGCCGAUCAACAAUAAAGUCAUAGUUGAUCUCGACCGAAACGAUUACAUUACAAGUUCGUUAGAAGUGGUGGACGAAAUCGUCAAACAAUUCGACGCCGCGUUUGUGAUAACCAUCGACGGCAGGAAGCCGACGGAGGAAUUGUUCGAAACGAUUAAAGACAGAUUAAUGACGAUGCCGCUGCAACGUACGGUGUUGCCGGAAAUCGUUAAAAAACAAGAUGAUACCGCAUCCGGUGAUAUAUCGGAAAACAACGUGCACGGAUUCGAGACGAACGGGAUCGAAGACGUCGAAUCGGAAUCGUUCGAAAUGGAAACAAUGGAAAGCGAGGCGAUUGACCUAGACGAGCACCUGGAAAGAAACAAUGACGGACUGACCGUCGAUGAACGUAAUGAGCAAAUACGGUCGAUGUCGGAGUUCAACAAACUGUGCCCGGUAAACUUUUCCUACGGUGUGUUCAAAUUAGGCGUCGUACAUUAUUGUAUAAAGUUCAUGGAUAAGUUGUACUUUUUCGCCGGGCCCGAAGAAUUGCAAUUAUUUGAAAAGUCUCCAAAGCAAUAUCUGGAGAUCCCAAGACCCAGCGUGCCCGUAAGAGCUAUAUUUUACGGUCCUGAAGCGCUGUCGUGUCCGGCCGCAAAUGCUGUUAGUCAUUUGUUCGGUUACAAUCUGAUAGACGUCAAGAAUAUCGAAUAUGCACACGUAAAAAUCCAAAAACUUUCGUUAAUACUUGCGAUCGUCAAAUCCGUCUUGAAAACCACACAAGAAAUCGUAAAAAACAAAACAGAUCCAUCUACCGAGAUUAACUCCAUGAGAAACGCUAUUGGUCCACAGCUCAAUGAAUUUGAUAAAGAACAAAAGUUGAUAAAUCUUAAAAACUAUUUUAAAUCGUAUGGAAUUGAUUUCGUGAAUGAUAUAGAUGCAUGUAUUCGUGCGUAUAAUAAACCGCAGACGUUAAACAAUUAUUUCCGAAAUAAUGAAUCAUCAAAAAUUAAAAGCAUAUUCCGAUUAAAUUUUUCAAACAAAAUAAAAACGGAACGUAAGUUGGCAGACAUCGUUGUCGACAAAGUACGAAUGUUUAACAAACGGAACAAAAAUUGGAUUAUUGUAAGAGCACCAAUAAACUUUAUAUUAGUGAAAAAAUUGAUCGCCGAAAACCUUAAUCCUAUACAGAUGGUAUUUUUUUAUGACACUGAUCCGGUGCAUAAGGUAUUGUUAUAUGACGAAGUAACUAUUAAUGAUAGAAGUCAAUUAGCAUUUGAAAUUUCUGAUUAUAUAAAAUACGAAAUGAGGUAUGGAAAAACUGUCGAAAGAGUAAAGUAUCCCGAAUUUGUCAAAAAUAUAGAAAAUAUAUCAAAAAGUUAUGAGGAGGAACACGGGGAGGAAUAUGAAGAGGAAUACUACGAUGAAUAUAAUGCUUUGGAUGGUAAAGUUGAAGUUGAAAAUUUCGAUGAAGAUAUUGAUGAUUACGACCACGACAAAUUGAUGCAAAUGAUCAUGCCGGAAAUAAUAGAACGAUUGAAUCAGUACACCGAUGAUCUUCUUGGACAAUGGAACUCAUUAAAACAAGAGAUUUCUAAAGAAGUACCCACCCUGUACAUGGAUUUUAAUGUAAUAAAAUGCAAACCCGACUUUACAACAAAUAUGUUAAAAAAUUCGAUUACAAAUUCGAUAUAUUAUAUAAAAAAAUUUUUAUCAGAUAAUGUAUACGACGUUUCAACAACAGAUAAUCAUAACACGAUACCUACUAUAGGAAAAUACAAUGGUGACACUUCAAUUUAUUGCCCAGUUAGAUACGUAAACGGUCGAUUUUCAAUCGGAUCUAAAAAGCAUAUGGCAGUUUAUCGAAAUAGAUAUUAUUACAUGAGCUCUUCUGAUAAUUUCAAAGAGUUUGUUACCAAUCCAAAUAAAUACGUGCUGUUAACCAGGAGUUGGAACCCGUACCCUAAACCUAAAGUAUCAAUACUAUUGCCGUUCGGUUUCGAAGCAGAAGAUUUAAUUAAAGACAUCGUGGAUACAUUCGAUUUAACUUUCAUGGACUCAUAUGACAUUUUCAAAAAAAACAUUUUACCAAAAAAUAUGCCGAUGGUAGGCAGAAUGUACGAAGAACCAGCGUCCAAAAAAAUCAUGGACAAAUAUUUCAUACCAGAGGAUCAAAAUGAAAAUUACAUCAACCAUUUAAGAAAGUACGUCGACAACGGUAAUGUUAACUUAAAUGAUGCCGAUUGGGUGAAAAUGAAUUCGUAUUUCUAUAAGGUCAACGAGGGAAUAUGUUAUAAAAACUAUCCAAACCGUUUGACGGAACUGAGAUAUUUAAAAGAAAAUGAAAUAAAUCCUGAUGUCAUCAUUGAAAUAGUCGGUGGGAAAUCGGAGGAACAGAAUCAUGCGACGGAAGCAGUCGUUGAAAAUUGGUUGAUUCACCAGUACACGUUGAUCGACAUGGUCAUCGAAAGAGAUGGUAACGCCAGAAGGGAUUACAUUGAAAGGAGAAUGGCAUUGUUCAAGAAUAAAGUCGUGGCGACAAAGCAAAAAAAUAAAAAGGAAAAGAACAAAACGAUUUCUACGGAAACAGUAGACGCACUCGGUAGUUCGUGUACGUCCACGAUAAGCUCGCGUCGAUCGAAUCAUUCUAUUCAUUUCUCCGAACUGACUUUAAAGCAGAAAAAAAUCAUCGUCCACUUCGGGUUGGACAAGGAGGAUUUAGACGGUUUGGACGAUUUCGCGACGUUGGAGCAAAUCGAUGCGUCGGUGGACGAAGAAUGUCCGAAACCGGAACCGCUGAUAUCGCAAUGUUUUCCCAUCGGCGUUACGGUACCGUCGGACACCGCGAUAGAAAGACAUCUGAACGCGGAGAAAGCCAUGCGGGCAGGUAUGCGAACGUUCGCCGAGUCGUCCGGCAUCCCGUGGAAAAUCGUCUCGUCGACGGAUCGGGACGCAUCGUCCCGAUCAACCGUGCUAGACGACAUCAGAAGAGUUCUGGUAAACGAUGUGAACAACGAUGACGGUAUUUUCGAAACAACGUAUGACGUGAACCCGAUGGCCGCGGAGGACAUGCUGCGCACCGGUCAAAUCUAUCUGAGCAGGUUUGGCCGCUGGUGUCCGGUCCAGGUUUACGAGAACGCGGACACGGUGCAACACUUUUACCUGGACCGCGCGAACAACCGCAUCUUCCCGGUGGUGCAUCGGAACUACGUGUACUUCAUGAGCGGUGCCGAGAACCGGGACAAGUUCACGCACCGACCGUUACGGUACGCACCGCGGCACGCGAUCGCGCGGCCACUCGGUUCACCGCAUGUGCCACUAAGGAUCGCGGUGGUCGGCGCGCCUAUGAGCGGCAAAUCGCACUGCGCCCGAGAACUGUGCGCCCGGCACGGAUUCCAGCUGAUCCGGAUCGAGGAGUUGGUCGACAGGUGGCUAACCAUAUCCGGUGGGGUAUCGGACGAUUCGCGGGCACUAAGCCGGGGUGACGCACUUUCUGACACCACGCUUAUGGACAUCGUGUUGUCUGGCGCGCGGACCACGCGCGCCACGGUCCAGGGCUUCGUGGUCGACGGGUUUCCGACCACCGAGAGGCAGUUCGAACUGCUCGACGACUCGGGCGUGAUACUGCACCGAGUCUUCGUGAUGGAUGGUACCUACGACCGGUGCGCGGCCAACAACUCUCGGUACGCGGGCAACGAUUUGCGGUGCGUGCCAGACGCGUUGCUACGUUACAGGCACCAGAUGUGGUCGGCCGCGUUCGUUGGCGAGCCGUGGAUAUCGGCGUGCUACGGGAACGCGGUGGCAGACGUGCGCGACUGCGACCACAUGGACCGGUCAUUGCGCACGUUCAUCGAAUCGGUGCACGAGUACCGCCGGGACGCAGGCCGACGGCCGUGCCGGUUGACCGACAUACCGGUCACCGGGCUAGAGUGCGAAUACAAGAUGAGCGCGUACCGGUACACGUGCCCGGUGUGUCGGGUGGACGGGGACUGCUACACCGCGGCCCGGGACCACGAGGACAGGAAACGCAACCUGGUGCAGUACCGAUCGUCCUUCUACUGGACGUGCGCCGAACACGUGGACGCGUUCGCGGAUCACGCGGACCGGUACGCGGACGCGGCAGCGACGGCCGUCCGCGUCUCCGAACCGCUGGCCGUCUCCACGUCGGUCCAUCAACUGUCGUGCGACCCGUCGGCCGGCUUCGAGCGUUACGAGUUCUGUACGGUGUGCGCGCUCCGCACUGACGGCUCGUGGAACACGGCCUACAACCGCGGCGACGGUUCGUUCGUGGCAGUCUACUCGGGCCGCGUAUUCGAUUUGUGCUCGUCCCGGUGCCGGGACGACUUCAUGCGACGGCCGUUCUUGUACAACACGUACGCUGUACGCGCCGAGGGACCGGAUGAAGUGCGGCGGUUGGCGUGCUCGCGUUACGCGCGCCUGGACGUCGGAAACAUGCCGGUCCCAGGGUACUUGGAACAGACCGUGCAACCGCUCAUCCGUCCCAUUCUCGCUCAGCUGACGGCCGUCCGACCCAUGUAUCCGGGUUUAUCGCCCGAGCAGUCGGCCAAGGUUUUCAUAGGGUUGUACUUCGGCGCCGCCACUGCUGCAGACGACGAGAUCGCUGAAUACUACCGGAUCGCUUACGGUCGGUUCGUCGACACUUGUCAGCGGUUCAAAACCGAUAUAUUCAAACUGAAAUCGCUAAUAUGA